AGGUCGCCAAUAUGGCGGCGCCCAGGAACGGCAGAGGCGUGUAGCGGAGGAUGGCGCUGGCGGCCGGGACUCGGCUGGGGCGCCGGCUGAGCGGGCCGGGGCCGUGGCGCGGACACUGGACGGCGGCCGGGCGCUCGCGGAGCCGGCGCGAGACGGCAGAGGCCGAGGCGGGCGCGCCCGUGUUCCAGUACGUGGGCGAGCGCGCGACCCGCGCCGACCGCAUUUUCGUGUGGGGCUUCAGCUUCUCCGGGGCGCUGGGCGUGCCCACCUUCGUGCUGCCCGGCUCCGGGCCCCAGCCCCGCGCCGGCUCGCGGCCGCGCCGCAGGAUCCAGGCCGUGCCCUACCGCCUGGAGCUAGACCAAAAGAUUUCAUCUGCUGCCUGUGGCUAUGGAUUCACAUUGCUGUCCUCUAAAACCAAGGAUGUUACGAAAGUUUGGGGUAUGGGGCUCAACAAAGAUUCUCAGCUUGGAUUUCACAGGAGCCGGAAAGAUAAAACGAGGGGAUAUGAGUAUGUUUUGGAGCCCUCGCCCGUCCCACUGCCACUGGACAGACCUCAGGAGACGCAGGUGCUGCAAGUCUCCUGCGGCAGAGCCCACUCUCUCAUUCUGACAGACAGCGAAGGAGUCUUCAGCAUGGGGAACAAUUCUUACGGGCAGUGUGGAAGAGAAGUGGUUGAAAAUGAAGUUUACAGCGAAAGUCACAAAGUCCAUAGGAUGCAGGACUUCGAUGGACAGGUGGUCCAGGUCGCCUGCGGUCAGGACCACAGUCUGUUCCUGACGGAUAAAGGAGAAGUGUAUUCUUGUGGAUGGGGCGCGGAUGGGCAAACAGGUCUGGGUCACUACGAUAUCACCAGCGCGCCCACCAAGCUGGCUGGAGACCUUGCCGGAGUGAACGUGGUCCAGGUGGCCACCUACGGGGACUGCUGCCUGGCUGUGUCGGUCGAUGGCAGCCUCUUCGGGUGGGGGAACUCCGAGUACCUGCAGCUGGCCUCGGUCACGGACUCCACACAGGUGAACGUCCCCCGGUGCUUGCCCUUCUCAGGAGUCGGGCGGGUGAAGCAGGCUGCGAGUGGGGGGACAGGCUGUGCUGUAUUAAACGGAGAAGGACAUGUUUUCGUCUGGGGCUAUGGAAUUCUUGGGAAAGGACCAAACCUCAUGGAAACUGCCCUUCCAGAAAUGAUUCCACCCACUCUCUUUGGCUUGACGGAGUUCAACCCAGGAGUCCAGGUUUCCCGCAUUCGCUGUGGACUCAACCACUUCGCCGCCCUCACCAGUGACGAUGCCUGGGGAGCCUGUGGAUGUGGCGUGUGGCGUGGAUCACAUGGUGACUCUGGCCAGGUCCUUCGUCUGAACCUCCUGCCCGACCCGCUCGAGCCAGGCCUUGGCCUCAGGACCACCUGGACUGCGCAGCAGAGGCGGCCGCUGGGGCUCUGGAUGGGGCCCGAGAGGGUCGGGGCCCUCCGUGUGGUGUGCCGCGCUCCCCUGCGGCCCGGAGCGGUGUGACUGGAGGUGCCGGGACGGGGUACCCCCCCCGCCGAGGGUGAGACGUGCUGCACUCAGCACAGAUGCCGCCGUUACCGGCCGAGCCCCAGGGGUGUGUGGCCCCGGCAGGGCGAGGAUAUCUGCUCAUCUCGGCUCCUUCUGGGGAACACACGACGGCUUCUGGUGUCACGUCUGGUCUUCGGAAAGCUUAGCCCGCUCAGCCGUCUCUGCUUGCUGCUGGGACACCAGCCGAAACCCCUUGCACUGGGGUUCUCCCUGGAAAUGCCAGUGGGCGCCAGCCCAGGACCCUGUGGGCCCACCGCUCUCAGCAGCCUUGUAACCAUUCUUACUGCCUGGCUUAGAAGACUUGAGAAGCCCCCUCGGGAGGAAGAGCAAGGCCACAUUCUUGUGGGCCAAGGGCUCUGAACACAUCCUGCGAAAGCUUGGCUGGAGUACUAGCCUCGGAGAAGGAAAAUUCAGAAACAGUGACAGACAUUUGCAUUAGUAGUUAACUUGUCUUUUUCUUUAAAAACGUCUUUUAAAAAUCUCUUUUGGAAUAAAGUAUUUUCUGCUUUUUCGUUUUUAAGAAC